GAGGCAAGACAAGUGACGACACUAACCGGAGCCGGUCACGUGACUGUAGUUCUAUUUCCUUCUUCCUGGUUUUUUUCCGCCGAUUAACCGCUCGCCGUGCAGGAGAAAAUGUCCCAUCAAACUGGAAUUCAAGCUUCUGCGGAGGUGAAAGACAUAUUUGCCAAAGCCAGGAAUGGAGAUUAUAGACUUCUGAAGAUUGUGAUCAAAGAUGAACAGCUAGCGCUCGGUGACACCAAGCGAGCAUCUCAGAGCUGGGAGCAAGACUAUAAUUCCUUAGUUCUUCCUCUUCUGGAUAAGGAUCUACCAUGCUACGUUUUAUACAGACUGGACUCUACUAACAGUCAAGGACACGAGUGGAUUUUCAUCGCCUGGUCCCCAGACCACUCUCCUGUGAGACAUAAAAUGCUUUAUGCUGCUACCAGGGCUACAGUGAAGAAGGAGUUUGGGGGUGGACAUAUUAAAGAUGAAAUAUUUGGUACUGUUAAGGAUGACAUUUCUCUGAGCGGUUACAAGAAGUACCUCACGUCCCAGGCUGCACCCCUUCCACUGUCUGCUGCUGAGGAGGAACUGCGCCAGAUUAAGCUCAGAGAGGUGCAGACUGACAUCAGCGUGGACACCAAGCAGCAGACGCUGCAGGGUGUGGCUUUCCCCUUGCAUGGGGAAGCCAUGCAGGCUUUGCAGAAAUUCAAGGACAAGACGUUCAACUACGUCCAGCUGAAAAUUGAUUUUGACAAGGAGCUCAUCAUGCUCUCGAACACUGAGCUGACAGAACUGAAAGAUUUACCCAAGAGGAUUCCUAAAGAUGCUGCACGCUACCACUUCUUCCUCUACAAACACACACAUGAGGGAGACCGUCUGGAGUCUAUAGUGUUUAUUUACUCGAUGCCUGGUUACAGCUGCAGUAUCAAAGAGAGGAUGCUUUAUUCUAGCUGUAAGAAUCCCCUAAUAGACAUGGUGGAGAACAAACUGCAAAUGGAAGUAGAGAAAAAGCUGGAAAUCGAUAACGGGGAGGAACUGACAGCUGACUUCCUGUAUGAAGAGGUGCACCCCAAACAGCAUGCGCACAAACAGGCGUUCGCUAAACCCAAAGGUCCUGCUGGAAGGAGAGGCGAUCGCAGGAUCACUCGACACCCAGGAGACGGCGAGGAGGCUGAUGAUUAAACUCACAUUUGACCACAUUCCCUCUUUUUUUCCCCGCUCCUUGUACUCCAGUGGAACAUUCCAGAAAAUGGAGGCCCUUUUGAAACAAAGCUAUCUACCUUUAAAACAAACAAACAAACAAAAAAGCAUAUGUAUAUUUUGUCCCCAAAUCAAUGCAAAGACAGCAGCCUCAUAUUGAACUAUGCACGCAUUGGAACUUACUCAUGUUACGUGAAUAGACCUCUGUAGCUAACUAAAAUUGAUUGAAAAUGAAUGAUGCGAACAAAAAGUGUUAAUUAAUGCCAAGAGCAAACAAUCAAAUCUUACUAAGUGUAGUACAAUUCAACACACACAUGACACUGGCAUCAUUGUAGUCAGACAGAUUUACAUGUGUAGAAACACCAGCAUGAAUGUUGGUAUGACAUAAUCCAUGAUAGGAAGGUGACAUUUAUGGCGGUAGAAUGUACCAUUUUAUGAAUUACAAAUCUCAUGUAUUAGUAUUGUGCAAUGGUCAGCAAGUGCAGUAAGAAUUGUUACGGUUACUACUUUAGCAUGAGCAUGUAAGCUCUGAAAUGUGAACAGGAACAAAAAGACCUCCAUGAAACCCAUUUUCUUCCUUUUUUUAAAAAAAAAAAUCCAACUAUGUGUAAAAGAUUUUGUAUUUUUACAUGAGGCCUAAGUUAUAUAGAUGUAUUCAACACAACAAAACACUGUAUCUCACAUUUAUGAACUCAGAUAUAUUAACAUUAGACAUUGCUUUUUAUAUUACAAUAAAAGUAUCAUUUUUGAUAUAACUGACUGUCACGUGCUCAUGUUAAUCUUUGCCAAGAAAAGGUUUUUUUUUUCUCUAUGCAAGUGAUUAGAAGCAGCAGUUGCAUAGAAGUUGGCCCUGUUGAGAUCUGGAUAAGUUAGGUUGGAUCUGAUUGACAUCAAUCUUAAGUUAGAUUGGCAAAAAUAAAUAAAUAAAAAAAACAAAAAGCAGCCAGUUAACCUAAAGUACGUCCUGGAUGUACAUCCUGACCCACUGGGUAAAAAGUGAAGCUGCAUACAAGCUUCAUGUAAAACUUUACACUGUACACGGAUAGAUAAGGUGAAAAGACAAACAGACAAGAUGAAUUGGCUUCAGAAUUUUUAAUCAAUGAAUUACUUGAAAUAACUAUUUACAAAAAUAAUUUGUUUAGUUUUUCACUCAUUAAUUGCUACUAUUACUAAAGCACAAACCAGAUAAACCACUGUUGAACAUGUGCACGAGCCAACACCCAUGUAAAUGGAAUUAUAUAGUUAAAUGUCUCAUGUCUGGUGGUCUUGAGAGUGCUUUUCUCUGUAAUGUUUUUUUUUAAUUAAUAAAAAAAUAUUUAAAACCCAAA